UUAGUCAUUUUCAAAUUUAUAUAUUUUAAAAUAUGGAAUCUCAACAACAAACUUUAGAUGUUAUUAAGAACAGAAAACGGUCUGUCAAUGAACAUGGCUUAUGUAAUAAAGAAAUGGUGAAUAAUAUUAUUGGAAUUAACAAACUCAGUAGACAAUUAUCAUUUGAUGGCACUGUCUUGCAAAUCAUUAAAAAGCAAAAGGUUGAAAAUGGUACAAAACAUAAACAUGUUUCGAACACAGUAACUACUAAUUGCAUUUUAAGUGAAAAAGAAGUAAUAUAUGAUAUUAAUUCAGAUAGAGCUAUAACUCCUGAACAAUCACCAUCUAUCAAAACCCAAUUACGACAAAUUUUGGAUUUGGGUGAAUUUCAUAAAAUUGUUUGUCCUAAACAGAACUUUAAAGAACUUCAAGAAAAGCUUAACUUGGUAGAACAAUGUCAAAAGGAUCUUAACUCUAAAGAAUAUAAAGUUGAAGCUAUUAAAUAUCAUUUUUUACCUUUGUUUGAAUCAGAUGAUUUCAAGAUUAGCACUAGUCCAGUAAAAUAUUCUCAACUAAAGCCUAUAUCAUUAUUUCCUAGUCCUAAAAGAGUAAUGAUGGAUAUUCAAGCAAAACCAACUAAACUUUUACCUAAUGAUAUUGAGUGUUUUAUGAGUAUAUUGCCUAUUAAACAGUAUUCUGUAUUAGCAGAAUCUAAAGUAUUACCUUUGCCAUUGAAAUAUCGGAUAUUGAAUGACUUGUUUAAAGUUAUGGAAACAGUAUUAUCAAUGAAAUUUUUAAGAAAAGAAAAAAUAACAUUUUAUAAUCUCAAACAAAAUAUUCAGCAAAUAACUAGAAAAAAUUUUACUGAAUUGCAUUUGGCUCAAAUUAAAACUAUAGUUCCUGACUUUUACAAGUUUUACUUAGUGAAAUCACCAAAACAUAAUUUUAGUAUUGAUUUAGUAAUAGCUCCAGUUUAUGGUUUGGAAAACAAAUAUAAUAUUGACUUAAUAAAACUAACAACUCAGAGAAAAAAUACUUUUUUUAGUGCAUUAAUAGACAUUAUGAAAGAACAUCAUGAAGAAUAUUUGAAAAAAUUAAUUCCUCCUAUCACAAUUGAUAAAGAUAAAAUUACCAGAUGGCAUCCUGAGUUUGACGUUGAAUCUGUGCCAAACAUCAAUUUAUCACCGUUGCCUAAGAUUGAAAUUGGCAAAUCAAAAAUAUCAACUGCUAAAGAUACACUGGAUAAAGUGCAUGCAUUGUUUAUUUACAAUAAAUAUUUAAAUCGAACCCCUUCUACAUUAAUGAAUAAAAACACCAACAAUUUAACUAAAAUAGCAUUACCUACAAAAGAUGCAAAAAACACUUUAAAAGAUGCACUUAACGGCAUUCCUAAACCAUUUUUAAUUAAGAUCCAAUCUAAGCAAACUGAAAAAGCUACUGGUAUAAAGAGGUCAGUAAGUCAAUUAAAUGAAGAUAAAAUGGUGAUCAGAUUACCAGGUAUUGCUCGUAGAAUACGUACUUAUUUCGUACAACUUCAAAGAAAUGUCAUGCCACUAAAAAAAGUUAUUGACCAAUUAAAGCAAAGUUAUCCUGAGACUAUGACAGACUAUGAUUGGAAAAUUCAUUUAAAUCUUCUUCAAGAAAAAGUACCCCACUGGGCUGUAUUAAAAAUAUUAGAUGGAAGUGAAUACAUGCGAGUUGAUAAAAAAAUUAAUUUUGAAGAAUGUGUGAUUAAAAAAUUAGAAAAUUAAAAAAUAAUUUUGAAUUUAAAGUAAUAUCUUAAAUUAUUUUAGUUAAUAGUUGUUUAUAUGUUGCCUUAGAUUUAUUAAAUUUAUUUUAUUCUUAUUUAAUAGGUACCUCAUAUCUAUUCUGUGUUAAACAAUUUUUGUUACCUAUUUAAAGAUGUCUUAAAUUUUUAUAAAGAUUUAAAAAUGUAUACCUACAAUCAAUUUUAUUAUG